UUUUUUUUUUUUAUAUAUAUAUUUGCAUUCAAAGCUAUCAAGUAGCUAUGAGUCUAGAAUGUAAAUGGUAGGAUGAAAUGAAUGACUUCACGAACGUCUGUGAAAAGGAAGAACAGACGAACAGUGCGGGAUUCUCCUACAGGCCUUGAAGCAGCAAGCUACUCCUUUCCUGCGGCAUACCCGCUAAAACACCCUUUGAGUCUCUCCACAAGUUCCUGGCAAGUGGAGUGAAAAAAGCAGUCACAAACAUGUUUUGCCUUUAUAUUUAAUCUAAAACAUGCCUGCAUUCCAAAGCCCUCGUAGCUUAGCAGUUAAAGUGCCGUUUUCCGACAAGGAUUGCAGGCGGAGAUCGUGGUUUCAAAUACCACCGGGGGUUCAUCUUUUUUGUCAUUCUUGACGACCAGCAAGUACCGCUCUCAACAUCAACGUCGACAGAAAGGCAAGCUGCAGCGACAAGUUGGGCCUGCCACUUCUUUGACCAUGUCAGAUCCGCUCACGCUGCUGUCUCAGGCAGUGGCAGCAUCUCAACCGCUUCAGCUCUUGUCAGAAGCAGAGGCGCCCGUAGAUGACAUUCGCGAUGCAACAACACUCCAGAUUGCAGAAGAGCGCAUCGCAUUAGAUCAAAAGACGCGAUUUGAGCGAAGUGGAGAAGCACUAGACUUGCGUACCAUCUAUUUCGCUUGGCUACACAAGGAUGCAGGCUCGGCAGAUUACAUUGAAGCGUGCUCUUCUCGCAAUAUUCCCAACUUGUCGUUUCUGGAAAAGCAGGAUCUCAUUGCGCUCUUGACCGAUGCAGCGCAUCAAUCUAGCUUUGUCGCCGGUAACAAACGGCCAGCAGAGGACGAUGCGAUUGCAGCAGAAGCCAAGAAACAAGCAACAGAUAAGAUUGUCCUUUCAGAGGAAGUUGCAGCCAUGGCGAAAUUAGAGCAUCACAGCAAACCCUUCUCUGCUGUACUGCAUGGUCGCAAAUUGGUGGACUUUUCUAGUGUCCAGCGCGAAGCACGCGACUUCUUCCUGGUCAAGUCAAAAGCUGAACCGGCUGCAGCGAUUGCCAAGCCAGCCAAGUCAAGACUGCGUGAUCCAAUCAUCUUGCUAUCGCCUUCGGCAUCCUCUCUCAUUACCAUGCACAAUGUCAAGAAAUUCCUAGAAGACGGCGUGUUUGUUCCACCGGAGCAAGCAGCGAGGGAAACAGGGGGUCCAGCGCCAGAGCUAUUAUCGCUUGCAUACAAAUCCAAGCUACGACCGGGAUACACAUUACGAUUCGUGGUGGUCGAGUCGACAGACAAGUUCAAGCCAGAGUACUGGGAUCGUCUGCUCGUUGUCUUUACAACUGGACAGGCAUGGCAAUUCAAACCAUAUGCGCAGAGUUUCUCAGAUCCACGCUCCUUGUUUCAAAAAUGCAAGGGAGUCCUUGUCAAAUACAGUGAUGAUGCGGCGAUACCUGCUGAGCGCGACUGGAACAUUCAAAGCAUCAAGGUGGACCGCGCGCGUCGAUACAAUGAUCGCGUGACUGUUUCUGCCUUUUGGCAUUCAAUUGAGAAAUGGAUGGAAGAGAAGGGUAAACGUGAUUUCUAUCGACAUGAGCGUAGAUGAGCUCAUGACUGGAAACUGUGAUGGACUCAGAUUCAAGACUAAAAGCAUCGCAAUAUUGAUUGCUCAUACGGCACUUCCUAUUUUUAUUUUGCUUGAUAUCAUCAUAGUAAAGCACAGUAGCCAGGAUUCUUGUAACAACCAGACAGCCAUGAGCAGUUUCUGUGGCAUACAGCCAAGUAUUGACAGCUUGCGAGGUCGCUACGCAAUCCUGCGACUUGUUGACAGGGUGUGUCGACGAGAAGCUCGCUCAGAAAAAAUCUCUGACAGCGCGAACUGUUUAGCAGUCACGCUUCACCCAAAAGACAUUGUGAUCUCUUCCUCUGGGGCUUGCGAUGUCUUUGUCUGCACAAGAGGAGGUCGUGCAACAGUCGCUGCAUCUGCAGACAAGCUCCUGUC